AUGGAGGCUGUUGAUGAAGAAAAAGCCCGGGAGAAAUGGUUGAUGAAUUUGUCAGCUUCACUUCUUGGAGAUGGGCACAAAUCCUUUUUGGCAGCUACAGCCAGGUGUUUAGUUUCUGAAAACCCUGAUCUGGUGAGAGUGUGCCUGACCACAGUGGCAUGGUUGAGCUCAGCUCUUGUUUCAUUAUCUGAAGCUGAGUUUCAGCUAUCUGCCUUUUCAGCUCUAAUCACUGGGCUUAAAGGUUGCCUCGAGAAUGAGCUGGUUGAGCACAAGAUUCUUGCUUCUAUGUCUCUGCUUAAUUUCAGCAAGUUUCCAGAAUGUAGGCUUUUAUUGAUGACAAUGGCUGAGGACAUUGCUGCUUCUCUUGAAAGCCUCGCAGAAGUAACAUGGACAGCAAAAGAACUGUAUUCUAAGAUUUGCACCUAGUGAUUUAAAGAAUUAGACUCACUGCAGGCAAGAACUACUGCUUAAGAUGAGCUGUCCUGCUUUGUACAGUUAGAAAACACGUUGCGGAUGAAACCUUUUGCAGAUGCAUCAUUUGCAUUGUUGUUUGUUGAGUUAGGAAAUGCAGCAUGAUGCGCUGUUUUAGACCUUUUAGAGAAGAAUGCUAGCCUUACUUCUCCUUUUCUUGUUUCUUUUUGUCCGAGUUCGGGGAGAAAAAGGGUAGAGGACUAAAAAUAAGAUACAAUCAGAUCCAUUCUCAGCUGCCCUUUGAGAAGUUUGGCACGGUGUCAUUGAAGAUUGUUUGGAGGAAAUUUGUGUAUAUGUAGUACAUUUUCGGAGGCAAUGAACUCUUACAGACAACUUUGGAUGUGUAUUAUAGCCUGUACAUGAUGCAAUUUUCGGUGUAUCAGAUUCUUUUGGGCACAAAUUUUCUUGCUUCUUUUCUUCCCUAA